AUCAGUUAGUGAGUGAUUCGUAUACUCAUAAUAGUAAUAUUGACCCUAUUGACCGCUGAAGAGAUCUGUAAAAUUAUUUAUUUUUUCAAGUUUUUAGUUAAUAACCCGAAAUCUCACACUUUGAAGUUGAACCAAUAGGAAAUCACCGAUAUCAGUUAUCGUUGGCAAGUGAUGUUUAAAUUUUACGGAAUACGAUUAAUGUUAACUAUACAAUUAAUUAAAUAAUAAUAUAAGAUGAAUUUUGCCGGCACUUUGCCUGUAUUUAUUGUUAUUAAUUUAUUAACUGUUUGUGUGAAAUGUGAAUUUUCGGCUAUGUCAGUGUUAUCAUCUGGGUUCAAUAAAGUCAGUAAAAUAAUACAAAAUGUAGAAUGCAAUUUUGUAGAAUGUUGUACGACCGAAUAUAUUUCUUCUGACAUUGACAAAUUAGAUGAUAUUCUUAAUAAAGAGCUUUUUGGACAAGAAAUUGCUCAUCGUGUAAUAAUAAAUGCCUUAUAUGGACAUCUAACUUCAUCCAGUCCUCCCAAAGCUUUGACUAUGAGUUUUCAUGGUCCACCAGGAACUGGCAAAACUUACAUAAGUCAAUUGAUUGCUAAGGUUCUUUAUAAAAAUGGGGACCAAAGCAAAUUUUAUCAUUUUUUUAAUGGUCGUAAUGACUUUCCUCUUCAGGAAAAAGUAAACGAAUAUAAGGAAGAAUUAUAUACAAUUAUUAUUAACAGUUUACAAAAAUGUGAAAGAUCAAUGUUUGUAUUUGAUGAAGUGGAUAAAAUGCCAGAAGGCUUACUAAAUGUUCUUGUACCAUUUUUGGAUUACAAUGCAUGGGUUAAAUCAUGGAGACUCGCAAACAUUUCUAUAAAUACGAGGAAAGCAAUUUACAUAUUUUUAUCCAAUACAGGUAGUUCGCGCAUUACUCAGCGUUUAUUAACACUUUGGGGGGAAGGCAAACAGAGGAGAACAACUAAGCUUCAAGAUUUUGAAAAUUUAAUAAGUAUUGGAGCAUUCAAUGAAAAGGGUGGUUUCUAUCAUAGUGAUACAAUAGACUCUAGUGUAAUAGACCAUUAUGUGCCAUUUUUACCGCUUGAAGAGGUACAUGUGAAAAAGUGUUUAGAAAAAGCUUUUUUAAACAGAGGAGUACAUCCUACUAAUGACAUGAUAGAAGAGGGAUUAUCAUAUGUAGUCUUUGGACCUCCUCCGCAUAAUAUUUAUGCAACUAAAGGCUGUAAAAGACUAGAACAGAAAGUGGCUGCUAUUGUAUAUGCUAAUAAAAAGACUAAAAUAGAAUUUUAGAUAUAUGUA